AUGGGCAGGCAGGCAAGGUGGGCAGGGAGGAGGAGGCAGCGGCAGGUCAGGGAUCAAGCAGGCAGCAGCAGCAGGGCAGGGGCAGCAGCAGCAGGCAAGGGCAGGCAGCAAGCAGGGGCAGGGGCACAGCAGGGCAGGGGCAGGCAGAAGCGCAAAGCUAGGCAGUCAGGCAGGUCCGUCAGCAGCAGGCAUGAGCAGGCAGAGGUCAGGGGGGGCAGGGGCAUGGCAGGCCAGGAGGGUAUCAGGGGGGGAGAGAGGAGCAGGGCAGCAGGGGCAGAGCAGAGAGGCAGGGGGGGGGGGCAAGGCAAGCGCAGGCAGAGAGGGGAGGGGCAGCAUCAGGCAGAGGGGAGCAGGGUAAGCAGCAGGAGCAGGCAGGGGGGCAGGGGAGCAGGCAGUCAGCAGGGCACCAGGAGCAGCAGGAGCAGAGGGGGCAGCAGGGCGGGGGCAGCAGAGCAGCAGGGGGGGCAGCAGAAGGCAGGGAGGUCAGAGCAGCAGGGAGGCAGGACAGGCAAGGGGGCAGGCAGGGCCGGCAGAGCAGGGGGGGAGCAGCAGGCACGGCUCAGCAGUCAGCAGGAGGCAGGGGCAGCAACAGGGAGCAAGGAGGGGAGCAGAGGGGAGACAGCAGCAGAGGAGAGGGCAGGGGCAGCAGGGAGGGCAUGGGGGCAGGGGCAAGAGGAGGCGGGAGGUGCAGAGGGGGGACAGCAGAAGGUCAGGCAGCAGGGGGGGCAGGGUCAGGGCAGAGAGCAGAGUGAGUGGCAGCAGGAGCACAGCAGGAGCCAGCAGCAGCAGGUGGUGAGCAGGCAGCCAGGGGGGGGCAUGGAGGGCUAG